AUGUUGUUGAAGUCUUAUCUUUCACUUUUUGCGUUAGUAGCGAAAGUAUUAGCCACCAGUGAGGAAGACUUCUACUGGUAUGGCAAAGGUAUAUUGAUGUACUAUUCGUGCACAGACGUCAUGGCAUAUAGUGCUACUUGGUGUGAUGCUGAUGACUAUGCUUGUUCUUGUCAUAAUCCAUGGGCUAUGGCUACUUUAGCAGGUUGUAUUAAUUACGGAAACCCUCCAAAUGGUGAUGAGAAAGAAAUAUGGAGUUAUUGUGCCGAGUACUAUGCGUACACUAUUGACAAUGCAACUUGGUAUGGUGCAUACGAAAACUUUACCAAGAACGCUGUAAACGUUUCCGCUGAUCCUGACUUUAACACAACCGAGGUGAUCGACUAUCCAAUUCUUCUUGAUUUAUCACUCUUAGGUCCAGAACUUAAGUCUUAUGAAGCUUUCCUUGGUAACUACAACGAUUCCUUGUAUUAUGGAGCUGGUAUCUUAGGAUACUGGGCCUUAGUCUUCUUACUUGCCAUUAUAUUCAAUUGGUCAAAGUUUUUAUUCCCAGGCUUCAUGAAAUGGUGUACUGGACCAAUUUCCAACUUUUGGAGAGCAAACGUCACUCUCCCAGCUCUUGGUGGAAAGCACAAGGAUAAGGAAGUUACCUACUUGAGAUUCAUAAAGUUUUUGGUUCCAUCAAGACUCGAAUCAGUGGUUAUAUUCGGAUUUAUCCUUGUAACUACCUUGGUCAAUGCUAUUAACUACCAUUGGUCUGAAGGUGAUCCUGAAUGGCCUACAAGAAAGGAAGCCAUGUGGAGAUACUCUGCAGACAGAACUGGAAUUGUUUCCGUUAUCCUCAUGCCAUUGCUCAUCCUCUUUGCUGGAAGAAACAAUUUCUUACUCUGGCUUACUGGUUGGAACUAUGCUACCUUUAUCACUUAUCAUAGAUGGUUAUCAAGAGUAACAUUAGUCUUAGUGAUCGUUCACAGUGCUGUCUAUACCAAAGAUUUGAUCUUUUAUGACGAAUUAGCAAUGGAAUACGCUGAAACUUACUUGCUUUGGGGUGGUGUUGGUACUGUGGCAGGUGGAGUUAUCUGGAUUCAAAGUUUCUUAUAUCUUAGAAGAAAUUGGUACGAGCUCUUCUUACUUGGUCAUAUCAUCAUGGCUGCUCUCUUUAUUGCAGGAACUUGGAUUCACGUUGUCACCUUGGGUUAUGUCUGGUUCCUCUAUCCCUCUGUUGCACUUUGGUCCUUUGAUAGAGGUGUUAGAAUCCUUAGACUUCUUCAUUUCGGUUUCCCUAAAGCUGAGGUAUCACUCUUGGCUAACGAAACAUUGAAGGUUGUCGUACGCAGACCAAAGUUCUGGCCAGCAACUCCAGGUGGUCAUGCCUUCGUUCACUUCCUUAGGCCUUCAUGCUUUUGGCAAUCUCACCCAUUUACAUUCACCUCAACAGUGGAUGCUGAGAACAUUGUUGUGUACUGUAAAGUUAAAGGUGGUGUCACUCAUGGACUUUAUCAAUACUUAACAGCUCAUCCUGGCAAGACUGCACAAAUCAGAGUAACUUUUGAAGGUCCAUACGGUGAACCAACAGCAGCCAGGACUUCUGACACUGCUGUAUUCAUCGCUGGUGGUAAUGGUAUUCCAGGUAUUUACUCUGAGUGUAUGGACUUGGCAACCAGAGCAGUCGGUAACUCCAAGAAGGCUGUCAACUUGCACUGGAUCAUCAAGGAUUACAAUUCAUUAUUCUGGUUUUAUGACGAAAUUGCAGCUCUCAAGAACACUAACGUCCAAUGCACUGUCCAUGUCACUAGGUCAGCGUUCCACGUGGAGAAGACUGACGAUGAAGUCAUAGAACAUGAUUUAGAUGAAAAUGUUAGCACUGAACAAAGUGAAGAAGUCGAGAAGAAAAGUAGCUCCAUAAACUUUAGCACUACUGAGAAUGUCGAUGCUGAUAUUAUCCACAAGAUACGAGUUGGGUUGAACCAUGUCACCUUCUUAGAAGGAAGGCCAGCAUUGGACAAACUCGUCAAAACUGAAAUUGAAGAAUCGUCAGGCUCAGUAGCAUUUGUUACCUGUGGUAACCCAGUCAUGGUGGACGAAGUUCGUUACUAUGUAGCCCACUCAUUACAUGAUUCCAAGGGUAAAAGAAUUGACUUCUAUGACCAAUUGCAAAUCUGGGCUUAA